AUUAUAUUUACUUAGAUUUAUUUAAGGUCAUUUCCCAUUUUAUUUGUAUUCAUAAAGGAUAAUAUAGCCAAGUCUAACUUUUACCAUUUGAGAAUAGUUAACUAGUAUUUUAUUCAGAUUUUUUUUCGAGCAUCAAAAGAUUUGCAACCAAAAGCAAAAAAAGUCAAAAAUUACAAAAUAGUGUAAAAAAAUCUGGUUUCUUAUACAAAUUCUUUCGAAUUAACUAAACAAUAUGUCAAGCAAAGUAGACUCCUUUGUUAAUGACUUGGAGUCGGCUGCUUCCAGCGACCAAGGGUCGAAAAGUAACCGUCCACCACCAACAGAGAAUUUAAAUCGUUCUCUUUCCACUCGUCAGAUUAAUAUGAUUUCCAUUGCUGGUGUUAUCGGUACUGGGUUAUAUUUGGGUACAGGGAAAUCACUUGCUGCAGGUGGUCCACUUUCACUUUUAAUCUGUUACUCACUCAUCGGUGUAGUGGUUUAUUUAACUUUACUUUCUCUUGGAGAAAUGGCCACAUAUAUGCCAGUUUCUGGUUCUUUUACCACAUAUGCUAAACGUUUUGGAAGUGAUUCCUUUGGUUUUGCAAUCUUAAUCAAUUAUUGGUUUAAUGACGCAGUUUCUGUCGCCAGUGAUCUUACAGCAUUACAACUUGUAAUGGGUUACUGGACAGAUUUCCAUUUCUACGUCAUUUCACUUAUCUUUUGGGUAUUUCUUUUAUCCCUUAACGUUUUUCACGUUAGAUUCUAUGGUGAAACUGAAUAUUGGUUAGCUUUACUUAAAGUUAUUUCUAUUCUUAUGUUUUUCAUUAUCAGUAUCAUUGUUAAUGCUGGUCAUAAUUCAAAUCAUGAAUAUAUUGGAUUCAAAUACUGGAGUCAAGGUGAUGCUCCUUUCGUUAAUGGAUUUAGAGGAUUUGCCAAGAUCUUCGUUACUGCUUCAUUUGCUUAUGGAGGUACUGAAUCUAUCGCAUUAACAGCUGGUGAAAUGAAAAAUCCAGCAACUGGUAUGCCAAAGGUUGUUAGAACCGUUUUUUGGCGUAUUCUUAUUUUCUAUGUAUUCUCAGUAUUUUUCAUUGGAAUGAAUGUUCCAUAUGAUUAUCCAAAUCUUUCUACAAAGUCUGUUACUACAUCUCCAUUCACGAUUGUUUUCCAAAUGGUUGGAAGUAAGGCUUCUGGUUCAUUCAUGAAUGCAGUUAUUACCACAUCGGUCAUUUCUGCUGGUAAUCAUGCUUUAUAUGCUGGAUCUAGAUUAGCAUAUACUCUUGCUGUGGAAGGAUAUGUUCCAAAAGUAUUUGCUAGAACUAAUCGUUGGAAGGUUCCUUACGUUGCCGUUCUCUUCACUUGGCUUUGUGGUGGUCUUUGCUUUGGAUCUUCCUUCAUUGGUGCUGGUACCUUAUGGAACUGGUUGCAAAACUUGGUUGGUGUUUCCAAUCAAUUAGCUUGGUGGUGUAUCGGUAUUACCAGUAUCAGAUUCCGUAGAGGUCUUGAAAAGCAAGGAAAAACUCAUCAAUUAACUUAUAAGAAUUGGACUUAUCCAUAUGGCCCAUGGUUUGUGAUUAUUUUCGUGACAGUAAUCAUCUUGGUACAAGGUUGGGAUUCAUUCUCUCCUUGGGAUGUUUCAAGUUUCUUCUCCUAUUACAUUGAAUUGGGAAUCUUCCCAGUUUGUUUUGUAUUCUGGUGGUUGGUCAAGAAAGGAAAGGAUAAGUUUGUUAAAUACGAAGACAUGGACUUCGAAACUGAUAGAUACUUUAAGACUGACGAAGAAGAAGAAGAGGAUAAAUACGCAGCAACAUUAACAGGAUGGGCAAAAUUCAAGUACCAUUUUGCUGAAAAUUUCCUUUAGAGAAGGAAUUUGCUUCAAAUAAUCAUACAUUGCAUCAUAUUUUUAUAUAGACAUAUAUACAUCGGAUAAAUAAAAGGGAGGACAUAAUUAUUUUGCUUUUGUAUUAAUUUAGACAUCAUUAUCA